UUCACUUUUAAUGCAGAGACAGGAUUGCAAGACUGCCUUUGUCUUGGACAGGUGUAAAUGGACCUCCAAAUCACAGCUGAACAGAACCAUCCAAUUUUAGUCUUCAAUAAUCACUGACUUCUGUUAACUAGAGGUGCAAGAAGAGUCAACAUGAGUGUCUGCAUAUCCUGGGCAAAUGUUGCCAUGAUUCUCACUGCUUUGCUAUCUUCUGAAGGGCAAACAUGGGGAAAUCAAUCAUCAAAUCCAAAACCAGGUUUACUGCAGCUUUCUGGCUAUCUAAUGACCAAUUACUCCAAGGGUGUUCGACCAGUUCGGGACUGGAGAAAAACAACAACAGUGGCCAUUGAUCUUAUGGUUUAUGCCAUCCUAAAUGUGGAUGAGAAAAAUCAAGUUCUAACAACCUAUAUCUGGUACCGACAGUUUUGGACGGAUGAAUUCUUGAAGUGGAAUCCCCAGGACUUUGAUGACAUCAAACAAUUAUCCAUUCCCACUGCAAAUAUAUGGGUGCCGGACAUUUUAAUAAAUGAAUUUGUUGAUGUAGGUAAAUCGCCAGACAUUCCUUACGUUUACGUUAACUAUGAGGGUCAAGUGAAGAAUUACAAACCCAUCCAGGUGGUCACUGCCUGCAGCCUGGACAUCUACAACUUCCCAUUUGAUGUCCAGAACUGCACGUUCACCUUUACAAGCUGGCUGCACAACAUUCGAGACAUCAAUAUCUCACUGUGGCGGUCACCUGAGCUUGUGAAGUAUGACAGGAACGUUUUCAUGAACCAAGGAGAGUGGGAGCUACUUUACGUCGAUACACAAUUCAAUGAAUUCAACCUGGAAAGAGGGGUGUCCGAUGGCUAUGCAGAAAUGCGCUUCUUUCUCGUCAUCAGAAGACGCCCCUUGUUCUAUGCUGUUAGUUUGCUGCUGCCCAGCAUCUUCCUGAUGGUCAUGGACAUCAUCGGAUUUUAUUUGCCUCCAGACAGUGGGGAAAGAGUGUCAUUCAAAAUUACCCUUCUCCUGGGGUAUUCUGUUUUCCUGAUCAUCGUUUCUGAUACUCUCCCAGCCACAGCCAUUGGAACUCCACUGAUAGGUGUAUAUUUUGUGGUGUGCAUGGCCUUGCUGGUGAUCAGCCUGACUGAGACCAUUCUUAUCGUCCGCCUGGUUCACAAGCAGGACCUCCAGCCUCACGUGCCCCAGUGGGUGAAGCACCUGGUUCUGGACAAAGCCACUGUCUUGCUCUGCAUCCGCAACAAAAACCAGUUCAGUCCCAUGCGUCAACACACCGGGGACAGGAAACUCAGCUCUGCUCCAACCAAUGACCUGGCAGUGCAACUGAAUCACUUUACCUGUGAGAAUGGAGCACAAUGCAACAAACCAGUGGACACUGGCCUAUCUCAGCCAGACUCUCAAAUCACAAUGGACAGUAUCUUACAUGAGAUUUCAGCCAUCCGUCAAUUCCUGGAGAAGCGGGAGGAGUACAGGGAUAUCGCGAAGGAGUGGCUCCAAGUGGGAUACGUCUUGGAUGUGCUCCUCUUCCGCGUGUACCUACUGGCUGUCCUGGCCUACGGAAUCAGCCUGGGUACUCUGUGGUCCAUCUGGCAAUACUCCUGA